UCUUUAGAUGCUUGACCAUAAAAUAAAAUAGGCUAAAAUCUAUCAUGUUUAAUUGAAAUAUGGGCUCACUUGAAGAUAUUGAUCUUUCUAAUCUUAGGGAGCCUGCUGCGUAUUUUGAUUUAAUUGAAGUAGUUGGAAAUGGUACAUAUGGACAAGUUCAUAAAGGGCGUCAUCGGAGAACAGGGCAGUUAGCAGCUAUUAAAAUAAUGAGUGUUAAUGAAGAAGAAGAAGAAGACAUAAAACUUGAAAUUAAUGUUCUACGAAAGUAUUCAAAUCAUGUUAACAUUGCACGAUAUUAUGGUGCCUUUAUUAAAAAAGGUGCACCUAAUGCUCAAGAAGAUCAACUGUGGUUGGUUAUGGAGUUUUGUGGAGCUGGAUCUGUAACAGAUCUUGUCAAAGCUACAAAAUCAAGAUCUCUUAAAGAAGACUGGAUUGGCUAUAUAUGUAGAGAGGUUCUAAAUGGGGUCAAUCAUCUCCAUCACAAUCAUGUAAUCCAUAGAGAUAUUAAAGGUCAAAAUAUACUUCUUACGGAGAAUGCAGAAGUUAAAUUAGUCGAUUUUGGUGUAAGUGCACAGUUAGAUCGAACAGUUGGUCGAAGACACACUUUUAUUGGCACACCUUAUUGGAUGGCGCCUGAAGUUAUAGUAUGUGAUGAGCAACCUGAUGCUACUUAUGAUAACAGAUGCGAUAUGUGGAGCAUUGGAAUAACUGCAAUAGAAAUGGCAGAGUCACAACCUCCUUUGUGUGAUAUGCAUCCAAUGCGAGCAUUGUUUCUCAUACCUCGUAGUGAACCUCCUCGUCUUAAAUCAAGAAAAUUAUGGACUAAAAAGUUUCGAGAAUUUGUAACAGUUUGUUUGAUUAAAGAUUAUUUACAGAGACCAACAGCUGAGCAGUUGCUACAGCAUGAUUUUAUUCGAGGAUCUCGUUCACAAGAUCGAAAAAUUAGGAUAGAAAUAAAAGAUUUUAUUGACAGAGCUCGGCGGCGUAAAGGAAUGAGUGAAUCUGAAGAUGACUUUGGAGAAACUAAUGCAUUUGACUUGGCAGCUGUUAUUGAGGAAGAACAGCAAGGUGAUACAUUGGUUGGUGUUGCACCUGGUGCAACUUUGAGAAGGAAUCUUACAAUGAUGCAAGGAGGAGAGCCUUCACCUGUUGAAAAAGAAUUUGAAAAAAAUAUUUUUGAAGAAGAUGUUGGACAAAGCACUAUACGUAGAUCAUAUGGAGAAGAUACACCUCCUCGGUCAACACCUUCUCCUGCUCUUAACCAGCAUCCAUUUAACGCCACACCAGAAUUGGCAUCUUUAAAUAGUGGCAACAACACAGAAGAUGAUGAUAAUGAAUCUGAUGAUGAUUGUGCGACAUUGCAAAAUCCAAAACAUCAAAAAAAAAAUCUUCCACCAUAUGAACAUUUCGAGACAUUAAAUAGAUUGGUUGAUGAUCUUGAAGCUCAUAAUCCCACUAACAUGUAUUCUGGUUUACAAGAUGAUGGUUCAGAAACAUCCCAGUUAAGCCUAGAAAUGCUAUCUAGUAACCAAAAUCUUCCUGAUGUCCUUCCACACCAACAACGCCAAUCACCAAAUGUUCGUGAUUCUAUUGCAUCAUCGAUCACUGCAUUAAAUAUAGGAAAUAUGUCAUCGGGAAAUAAUGAUGAUCACCAAUCUAAAAAGCAUAGUGUAGUCAGCAAUGCAAGUAACAUGAGUAGAAGAACAAUUAUAUCAGAAUGUAAUGUAAAUGUAACACCUGAAAGGACAUUGCAAAGUAAAGAAAAUCCUGAUCUCCCUGAAAUACGAAAAUAUCGGCAUAAGUUUCGAUCUGAUAUUCUUUGUGGUGCAUUAUGGGGUGUGAAUCUUUUAAUUGGAACUGAAAAUGGUUUAUACUUGUUAGAUAGAAGUGGUAAUGGUAAAGUUUUUCCACUGAUAACUCGUCGAAGAUUUCAACAAAUAGAUGUGUUGGAAACAUUAAAUGUUUUAGUUUCAGUUAGCGGAAAGUAUAACAAGUUACGAAUAUAUUAUCUCUCAAGAUUGAAGAAUAAAAUUGUAAAGGGAGAGGAGGCAGACAAAAGCAAACAGUUCCACUCUACUGUGGGAGAUUUUGAAGGCUGCAGUCACUACAAAUUAGUUAACUUUCAUCGAAUUAAGUUUUUGGCUAUUGCAGUUGGGUAUGCUAUUGAAGUAUAUGCAUGGGCACCUAAACCAUAUCACAAGUUCAUGGCAUUUAAGUCAUUUCGUAAUUUAACUCACCGACCACUAAUGGUAAAUAUGGCAAUACAAGCAGAUAGUAGCAAGUUGAGAGUUAUAUAUGCUUCAGAAUUAGGAUUUUAUGGUGUGGACUUGGAUUCAGCUUCGGUGUAUGAUAUACAUGUACCAUUAAAUGGUAAUCCAAUAAAUGCUCAUGCAAUUGUACCACUACCUAGUAGCAAUGGGCGUGUCAUUCUUCUAUGUUAUAAUGAUGAGGGCGCUUAUUUUAGCACCUCUGGUCGUCAGGUUAAAGACGCAACUAUAAGAUGGGGUGAACCUCCGUAUUCAGUUGCUCAUGUUGGUAGUGGCCAAAUUAUGGGGUGGGGUGAAAAAGCUAUUGAAGUAAGAAGUUUAGAAACUGGACUUUUGGACGGGGUGUUUACGCACAAGCGCGCCCAACAAUUUCGGUUUUUGUGUGAACGCAACGAAAAGGUGUUCUUUGCUUCAACCGGUGCGUCUGGUGGACAGGUUUAUCAUAUGACUUUAAGCAGUACAUUUAAGAAUUUUAAAUGAAGGCUUGAUAUACUGUAUAGAUCUUUUUUUAUACAUGAAAGUUUUAAUCUCUGCAUAAAUAUUCAUCA